GGAGGUGGCCUGGUGGACAGACCCCACCAGCCAUUAGGAGUAUGUCUGGGGUCGUGUCCUGGGGAGGGAAGAGCAGAGACUCCAGGAUACCCUUGGGGUCUCUGGAUAGCCCACUAGCUGUGGGGAGGGUGAACAGGGGACAGGGAGCCCCUGCUGACUUGGGACCCUCCUCCUCGAGGCCCAGCACCCAGGACAUCUGGUUCCCCGCCCCCCAGCGCUGUGUAGUCUGGCUGCACUGCUGUGCCUUCUGGGGACGGGCCCUCAAGGACAACGUGUUGACACAUUAGGCCCAGCUCUAUCACUGCCGGGGAGGGAGAUAGGCUGCCGGCGACAGAAAGGGAUCUUUGAGAAGGCCACUUUGCCUGGAGUGUGGGCGCCGGGCACUGUCCCCCAAGGUCGCGGCAGAGGAUAUAGGAGCCCGUCUGCCUGCACAAACACCCCACCUUCCACUUGGCCCACUUAAGGCGGGCAGCCCAGUCCCUCGCAUCACCCACAAUGCAGGGCCCGCCUCUCGCCCACCUGGCCCUGGUGCUGUCUGCCCUGGGGGCUCUGCUAGGGACUGAGACCCUUGGAGUAGAGGAGCCAGCUGUGGCCACUGGUGGCCUCAUCUUUGGAGAAGACGUGGACUGGCCGCCAGGCAGCCCCCAAGAACCUCUGUGCCUAGUGGCACUGGGUGGGGACAGCAAUGGCAGCAGCACCCCCCUGCGGGUGGUGGGGACUUUGAGAGGCUAUGAGCAGGCCUUCCUGGGAGCCGUGCAGCAGGCCCGCUGGGGCCCCCAAGACCUGGCCACCUUUGGGGUCUGCAGCCCAGGCGACAGGCAGGCCGCCCUGCUCUCUCUGCAGCGGCUGGGGGCCUGGCUUCGGGGCCCUGGGGGACAGCGCCUGGUGGUCCUGCACCUGGAGGAAGUGACGUGGGAGCCGACACCCUCGCUCAGGUUCCAGGAGCCCCCGCCUGGAGGAGCUUGCCCCCCGGAGCUGGCGCUGCUGGUGCUGUACCCUGGGCCUGGCCCCGAGGUCACUGUGACGAGGGCUGGGCUGCUGGGUUCCCAGAGCCUCUGUCCGUCCCGGGACACCCACUACUUGGUGUUGGCGGUGGACCGCCCCGCGGGAGCCUGGCGCGGCUCCGGGCUGGCCUUGACCCUGCAGCCUCGAGAAGAAGGCGCCCCCCUGAGUACGGCCCGGCUGAAGGCGCUGCUAUUCGGCGACGACCACCGCUGCUUCACUAGGAUGACCCCGGCCCUGCUCCUGCUGCCGCGGUCCGAGCCCGCGCCACUGCCCGCGCACGGCCAGCUGGACACCGUGCCCCUCCCUCCACCCAGGUGCGCGCAGGCCCGGGGGCAUGGGGCAGGACCAGGCGGUGGCGGCGUGGCCUCGCACCCGCCCCCAACUCUCCCCACUGCGGGUUCCAGGCCAUCCGCGGAGCUCGAGGAGUCGCCGCCCAGCGCGGACCCCUUCCUGGAGACGCUCACGCGCCUGGUGCGGGCGCUGCGGGGCUCCCCGGCCCGGGCCUCGGCGCCGCGCCUGGCCCUGGACCCCGAUGCGCUGGCCGGCUUCCCGCAGGGUCUGGUCAACCUGUCCGACCCCGCGGCGCUGGAGCGCCUGCUGGACGGCGAGGAGCCGCUGCUGCUGCUGCUGCCGCCCGCCGCGGCCACCGCCUCCGGGGACCCCGCGCCCCUGCAGGAACCCACGUCGGCGCCGUGGGCCACGGCCCUAGUGCGCCGCGUGACUGCCGAGCUGCAGGCGGCGGCUGCCGAGCUGCGCGGCCUCCCGGGUCUGCCUCCGGCCGCAGCCCCGCUGCUGGAGCGCCUUCUCGCGCUCUGCCCAGGCGGCCCCGGCGGUCCCCUGCGAGCGCUGCUGCUCCUGAAGGCGCUGCAGGGGCUGCGCGCGGAGUGGCGCCGCUGGGAUCCGCGCGGGCUGGGGCGGGCGCAGCGCAGCGCGGGGGCCACCGCCGCCAACGGGCCGUGCGCGCUGCACGAGCUCAGCGUGGACCUCCGCGCCGAGCGCUCCGUACUCAUCCCCGAGACCUACCAGGCCAACAAUUGCCAGGGCGCGUGCGGCUGGCCGCAGUCCGACCGCAACCCGCGCUACGGCAACCACGUGGUGCUGCUGCUGAAGAUGCAGGCCCGCGGGGCCGCCCUGGCGCGCCCUCCCUGCUGCGUGCCCACCGCCUACGCGGGCAAGCUGCUCAUCAGCCUGUCGGAGGAACGCAUCAGCGCGCACCACGUGCCCAACAUGGUGGCCACCGAGUGUGGCUGCCGGUGACCCCCGCGCCGCGCGGGCCCCUGUCCCGAGGGGCCGGAGGCGCCCCAGCUCUCACCCCUUCCCAUAUUUAUUCCGCCCCAAGCAUGCCCCCAAUAAAGACCAGCAAGUAAACGG